AUGGCGAUGCAAGCGGCCAAGAGGGCGAAUGCGGGGAAACUCGUCGCCUGUUCGGUCAGAGGAGUGUUUCCCCUGGUCUUAUCCUCCGCGGUGCGUUCCUUGAGCGACUUUUCGCCCCCGCCCCUAUUGAGAGCCCUCUGGUAUCACCGACAGCGCUUUGGUAAAUGUGUCUUCUAUCUGUCCUGCAGAGGAAAUACACCUGAGACCAGAGGAACAGCAUAUGUGGUCUAUGAAGAUAUCUUUGAUGCUAAGAAUGCAUGUGACCAUCUAUCGGGAUUCAACGUGUGUAACAGAUACCUCGUGGUUUUGUACUACAAUGCUAACCGGGCAUUCCAGAAGAUGGACACCAAGAAAAAGGAGGAGCAGCUGAAGCUUCUCAAGGAAAAGUAUGGCAUCAACACAGAUCCCCCAAAAUGAACUCGGGGAUUUCACUCUGAAUAUGUGCAUGUUUGGCCCCCUGUUAACCUUUUUUCUCUUUAGUGCAUACUGAAUAUUGUAAUUUUUUGUUUGAGACCUAGAAUCCGAGAAUGACUUGUUUGAAACUUAUCUAAGCAUUAGAAUAUAUUAUUUUAAUAAACUAAUAGCUUUUGU